GGGAAAAUCGAUUUGAACGGUCGGACAUCCAACUCGGAAUUCCAUCUCGGGAACUCGGGUCUCUUUCUAGAGCUCCAACUUUCCGACCCGAAGAUCACUGACGUCAUGAUUUGACCUUGUAUUUUUGGUGGUUCCCAGUUGUUUUGAAAGCGGCAUGAGCGCUGAACAUGAGCAGGAUAAAACAUACCACAGAAAUGCCGAUGAGACCAGGAAGUUUGCCAUUUACAACUACCGCGCACGCGUUGUCUGCAGGGAGAAGCUAGCUGAUCUGCCGCCACCACACAAGGCUACAACUAGCCUAGCAUGGUAGACUUUGAAAAACAAAUAGCUAUACAUCUUACGUAUCUAGAAUGUUUCAAACGCAGUUUUACAUUGUUUAGCAAAAUAACUGAUGGUGAAAUGAAUGGCUGAGAUACGAUUCGUUGCAUUUAGUGGAAGCAUGGAAAUGAAAGAGUGGGAUCUCCAGACAACACCAUGAAGCAGUCAGUGAUAACCUAGGGAACUCUGAUCUUUAACCAUUACUUUGAUCACCCGUCCUGAGAGGUGCGUACAUGGGAUUCCCAUCAAUAGCAUGAAAUAUAAGCAUUCCUAUCAACAUCUGCUGGAAAGGUUAAGUGUUAAAGCUGCUGCUGAGGGGGAAGCUGGCCAUGUCACGGGUUCCUACCCCUCCUCCACCAGGGGACAUGUCUACUGGACCUGUGGCAGAGAGCUGGUGUUACACACAGGUGAAAGUAGUCAAGUUCUCCUACAUGUGGAGCAUCAACAACUUCAGCUUCUGUAGAGAGGAGAUGGGGGAGGUUUUAAAGAGUUCCACCUUCUCCUCUGGACCCAACGACAAGAUGAAAUGGUGUCUGAGAGUCAACCCAAAAGGACUAGAUGAUGAAAGCAAAGACUAUCUGUCGUUGUAUUUACUUCUUGUUAGUUGUCCAAAAAGCGAAGUCAGAGCAAAGUUCAAGUUUUCCUUAUUGAACAGUAAAAGAGAAGAGACUAAAGCUAUGGAAAGCCAAAGAGCCUAUCGGUUUGUCCAGGGGAAGGACUGGGGCUUCAAGAAGUUCAUUAGAAGAGAUUUCCUGCUUGAUGAGGGCAACGGGUUGUUACCUGAUGACAAGCUCACCCUGUUCUGUGAGGUGAGUGUGGUUCAGGACUCUGUGAACAUCUCUGGUCAGUCCAACAUGAACAUGCUGAAGGUUCCAGAGUGCCAGCUGUCAGAUGACUUGGGGAAUCUGUGGCAGUGUUCCCGCUUCACUGACUGUUCCCUCUAUGUGGGGGGGCAGGAGUUCAAGGCCCACAAAUCCAUCCUGGCAGCGAGAUCUCCCGUCUUUAGCGCCAUGUUUGAACAUGAGAUGGAGGAGAGUAAAAAGAACCGUGUGGACAUCAGUGAUGUGGAGCCAGACGUGUUUAAGGAGAUGAUGGGAUUCAUCUACACAGGGAAAGCUCCCAACCUGGACAAGAUGGCCGACAACCUGCUGGCAGCUGCUGACAAAUAUGCCUUGGAGCGUUUAAAGGUGUUGUGUGAAGAGGCUCUGUGUAACAGCCUCUCUGUGGAGAACGUGGCUGAUACCCUCAUCCUGGCGGAUUUACACAGUGCCGAGCAGCUCAAAGCACAAGCCAUAGAUUUUAUCAACAGGUGCAGCGUCCUCCGACAGCUGGGCUGUAAAGAUGGGAAAAACUGGAAUAGCAAUCAUGCCACGGACAUAAUGGAGACGGCAGGCUGGAAGUCAAUGAUCCAGUCCCACCCUCACUUAGUGGCCGAGGCCUUCAGAGCCCUGGCAUCGGCACAGUGCCCGCCCUUCGGCCUGCCGAGGAAACGCCUAAAACAGUCCUGACUGCUGCAACCCUCUGAUCCAGACACUAGGAGCUGAGAGCUGAGACAGCAUGGAGACCCCACCCCCCGAGCAGGGAUGAACAGAGCUGGGAGGCUAACUGGCUGGGAGGCUAACUGGCUGGGAGGCUAACUGGCUGGGAGGCUAACUGGCUGGGAGGCUAACUGGCUGGGAGGCUAACUGGCUGGGAGGCUAACUGGCUGGGAGGCUAACUGGCUGGGAGGCUAACUGGCUGGGAGGCUAACUGGCUGGGAGGCUAACUGGCUGGGAGGCUAACUGGCUGGGAGGCUAACUGGCUGGGAGGCUAACUGGCUGGGAGCAUGGGAGACUGACUCCAACUGGUGGAAAGAAACGUUUGGUUUUGGUCCUCAAGUUUUGUCUGCUAUUUUUCUGUCAUUUCAAAUGGCCUUAAACUAUCUGCCAUUGGAGCUAAUCUACUGUGUUCUCUCUAUUUGACUGACUGCCUCGUCCCACAGACCAGGCUGCCCCGUCCCACAGACCAGGCUGCCCCGUCCCACAGACCAGGCUGCCCCGUCCCACAGACCAGGCUGCCCCGUCCCACAGACCAGGCUGCCCCGUCCCACAGACCAGGCUGCCCCGUCCCACAGACCAGGCUGCCCCGUCCCACAGACCAGGCUGCCCCGUCCCACAGACCAGGCUGCCCCGUCCCACAGACCAGGCUGCCCCGUCCCACAGACCAGGCUGCCCCGUCCCACAGACCAGGCUGCCCCGUCCCACAGACCAGGCUGCCCCGUCCCACAGACCAGGCUGCCCCGUCCCACAGACCAGGCUGCCCCGUCCCACAGACCAGGCUGCCCCGUCCCACAGACCAGGCUGCCCCGUCCCACAGACCAGGCUGCCCCGUCCCACAGACCAGGCUGCCCCGUCCCACAGACCAGGCUGCCCCGUCCCACAGACCAGGCUGCCCCGUCCCACAGACCAGGCUGCCCCGUCCCACAGACCAGGCUGCCCCGUCCCACAGACCAGGCUGCCCCGUCCCACAGACCAGGCUGCCCCGUCCCACAGACCAGGCUGCCCCGUCCCACAGACCAGGCUGCCCCGUCCCACAGACCAGGCUGCCCCGUCCCACAGACCAGGCUGCCCCGUCCCACAGACCAGGCUGCCCCGUCCCACAGACCAGGCUGCCCCGUCCCACAGACCAGGCUGCCCCGUCCCACAGACCAGGCUGCCCCGUCCCACAGACCAGGCUGCCCCGUCCCACAGACCAGGCUGCCCCGUCCCACAGACCAGGCUGCCCCGUCCCACAGACCAGGCUGCCCCGUCCCACAGACCAGGCUGCCCCCAGAUUGCACUAGUUCCCAUAGUAAUUUUGAUAUGGAAUUCUAUAGGGACGUGUUAAGGGUUUGAUUAAUGGGAAAUAUAUAUUUGUAAUGUUUAGCCCAUUUUGUGACUAGACAUUAAAGCGUGAACACUUUCAGUGCAAGAUCAAUUCUUUACACUUUUAAAAGAUGAGUAUAUGCCCCAUAUUGAUGGCACCAUUUCUAUGUAAAUUACCGUUCAACCAUCUUCAGAAGACCGGUUUUAAAGCAAGUCUGUUCUAUUUUCUGGCAUUACGAGACCCUGUGUUGAUGCUGUUAUUGUCUGUAAGACAAACAUGUCUAUACUCUCUGCCUCUGAACGAGUCACACUAUUGGACGAAUAGGAAAGGCAAUUUCCCCAGACAGUCUCCCAUUGGACGAUCACAUAUGCAAAGACCAACCUUGUGUCUUCAGACAGUAUUCAUACCCCUUCAUACCCCUUCAUACCCCUUCACACCCCUUCACACCCCUUCACACCCCUUCACACCCCUUCAUACCCCUUCACACCCCUUCAUACCCCUUCACACCCCUUCACACCCCUUCACACCCCUUCACACCCCUUCACACCCCUUCACACCCCUUCAUACCCCUUCAUACCCCUUCAUACCCCUUCACACCCCUUCAUACCCCUUCACACCCCCUUCAUACCCCAUCAUACCCCAUCAGACCCCUUCAUACCCCUUCAGACCCCUUCAUACCCUUCAUGCCCCUUCAUGCCCCUUCACACCCCUUCAUACCCCUUCAUGCCCCUUCAUACCCCUUCAGACCCCUUCAGACCCUUCACGCCCCUUCACGCCCCUUCACGCCCCUUCACACCCCUUCAUACCCCUUCAUGCCCCUUCACGCCCCUUCACGCCCCUUCACGCCCCUUCACACCCCUUCAGACCCCUUCAGACCCUUCACGCCCCUUCACGCCCCUUCACACCCCUUCAUACCCCUUCAUGCCCCUUCAUACCCCUUCAGACCCCUUCAUACCCCUUCACACCCCUUCAUACCCCUUCACACCCCUUCAUACCCCUUCAGACCCCUUCACGCCCCUUCACACCCCUUCACGCCCCUUCACACCCCUUCACGCCCCUUCACACCCCUUCAGACCCCUUCAGACCCUUCACGCCCCUUCACACCCCUUCACACCCCUUCACGCCCCUUCACACCCCUUCAGACCCCUUCACACCCCUUCACACCCCUUCACACCCCUUCACACCCCUUCAUACCCCUUCAGACCCUUCACGCCCCUUCACACCCCUUCACACCCCUUCAUACCCCUUCACACCCCUUCAGACCCCUUCAGACCCUUCACGCCCCUUCACGCCCCUUCACGCCCCUUCACACCCCUUCAUGCCCCUUCACGCCCCUUCACACCCCUUCAGACCCCUUCAUACCCCUUCACACCCCUUCAUACCCCUUCAUACCCCUUCAGACCCCUUCAGACCCCUUCAUACCCCUUCAGACCCCUUCAUACCCCUUCAGACCCCUUCAUACCCCUUCAGACCCCUUCAUACCCCUUCAUACCCCUUCACACCCCUUCACACCCCUUCACACCCCUUCAUACCCCUUCAUACCCCUUAUUCCACAUGUUGUUACAGGCUGCAUUCAACAUGGAUUAAAUCAAUUGGGGUUUUUCUCACCCAUCUAGUCACAAUACCCCAUAAUAACCAAGUGAAAAUUUUGUUUUUAGAAAUGUUUGUUAAUGUAUUAAAUUAAAUAUGGAAAUAUAUAAUUUACAUAAGUAUUCACACCCCUGAGUCAAUACUUUGAAGAAGCACCUUUGGGUAUGUCUGGAUCAGCUUGGGAGUCGUCUUCAGUAUGUCUGGAUCGGCUUGGGAGUCGUCUCAGUAUGUCUGGAUCGGCUUGGGAGUCGUCUUCGGUAUGUCUGGAUCGGCUUGGGAGUCGUCUUCAGUAUGUCUGGAUCGGCUUGGGAGUCGUCUUCGGUAUGUCUGGAUCGGCUUGGGAGUCGUCUUCGGUAUGUCUGGAUCGGCUUGGGAGUCGUCUUCAGUAUGUCUGGAUCGGCUUGGGAGUCGUCUUCAGUAUGUCUGGAUCAGCUUGGGAGUCGUCUUCAGUAUGUCUGGAUCAGCUUGGGAGUCGUCUUCAGUAUGUCUGGAUCGGCUUGGAGUCGUCUUCAGUAUGUCUGGAUCGGCUUGGAGUCGUCUCAAGCUCUUAAAGUAAAUGGGGAGUGUUGGGGAACAGGAAUCAUCUUUCCACAGGUUUUCAAUGGGAUUCAAGUCUGGUCUUUGGUUGGGCUACUGACAGACUUUCACAUUUCUCGUUCUGAAGCCAUUCCAGUGUUGCUUUGGCUCUAUGCUUGAGGUCAUUGUCCUGUUGGAACUAAUCUUUGCCCCCAGUGUAAGGUAUUUUGCACUCUGAAACAGGUUCUCAUCAAGGAUUUGCCUCCAUUCAUUGUUCCCUCCCAGUCCCUUCUGUUGAAAAGCAUCCCCAUAGCAUGAUGUUGCCACCACCAUGCUUCAUGGUAGGGAUGGUGAUGCUGCCACCACCAUGCUUCACGGUAGGGAUGGGGAUGCUGCCACCACCAUGCUUCACGGUAGGGAUGGGGAUGCUGCCACCACCAUGCUUCACGGUAGGGAUGGUGAUGCUGCCACCACCAUGCUUCACGGUAGGGAUGGUGAUGCUGCCACCACCAUGCUUCACGGUAGGGAUGGGGAUGCUGCCACCACCAUGCUUCACGGUAGGGAUGGGGAUGCUGCCACCACCAUGCUUCAUGGUAGGGAUGGUGAUGCUGUCACCACCAUGCUUCACGGUAGGGAUGGGGAUGCUGCCACCACCAUGCUUCACGGUAGGGAUGGUGAUGCUGUCACCACCAUGCUUCACGGUAGGGAUGGUGAUGCUGCCACCACCAUGCUUCACGGUAGGGAUGGGGAUGCUGCCACCACCAUGCUUCACGGUAGGGAUGGUGAUGCUGUCACCACCAUGCUUCACGGUAGGGAUGGUGAUGCUGUCACCACCAUGCUUCACGGUAGGGAUGGUGAUGCUGCCACCACCAUGCUUCACGGUAGGGAUGGUGAUGCUGUCACCACCAUGCUUCACGGUAGGGAUGGUGAUGCUGCCACCACCAUGCUUCACGGUAGGGAUGGGGAUGCUGCCACCACCCUGCUUCACGGUAGGGAUGGUGAUGCUGCCACCACCAUGCUUCACGGUAGGGAUGGUGAUGCUGCCACCACCAUGCUUCACGGUAGGGAUGGUGAUGCUGCCACCACCAUGCUUCACGGUAGGGAUGGGGAUGCUGCCACCACCCUGCUUCACGGUAGGGAUGGUGAUGCUGUCACCACCAUGCUUCACGGUAGGGAUGGUGAUGCUGUCACCACCAUGCUUCACGGUAGGGAUGGGGAUGCUGCCACCACCAUGCUUCACGGUAGGGAUGGUGAUGCUGUCACCACCAUGCUUCACGGUAGGGAUGGUGAGGCUGCCACCACCCUGCUUCACGGUAGGGAUGGUGUAAGACGGGUUAUGUGUCUGGUUUUCUCCAGACAUAGAGCUUUGCAUUCAGGCCAAAGAGUUACAUUUUUUGUCUCAUCAGACCACAUAAUCAUUUGCCUUAUGCUCUGAGUCUUUCACAUGCCUUUUUGCAAACUCCAGGUGUGUUGUCAUGUGCCUUUUUUCAGGAGUGUCUUCCAUCUGGCCACUCUCCCAUAAAGUCCAGAUUGGUGAAGUGCUGAUGCGACUUAUCCUUCUGGCAGGUUCUCCCAUGUCAGCCAAGGAAAUCGGUAGUUCUGUCAGAGUGGUCACUUCCCUGACCAAGGUCCUCCUUGCAUUGUUGCUCAGUUUGGUCGGACGGCCAGCUCUAGGCAGAGUCUGGGUAGUUCCAUAUAUAGUUUUUAUUUCCCAAUGAUUGAGACCACUGUGCUCUUCAACCUUUCAACACUCUAGAAAUGGUUUUAUUCUCUUUCCCAGAUAUACUCAGUGUAUCACACAUUAGCAACACCUUCCCAAUAUUGAGUUGCAACCCCGGCUUUUGCCCUCAGAACAGACUCAAUUUGUCGGGACAUAGACUCUACAAGGUGUGGAAAGCGUUCAAUGGGGAUGCUGGCUCAUGUUGACUCCAAUGCUUCCCACACUUGUCCAGUUGGCUGGAUGUCCAUUGGGUGGUGGACCAUUCUUGAUACACACAGGAAACUGUUGAGUUUGAAAAACCCAGCAGCGUUACAGUUCUUGACACAAACCAGUUCUCCGGGCACCUACCACCAUACCCUGUUCAAAGGCACUUCAAUAUUUUGUCUUUCCCAUUCACAAUCUGUCACAAUUUGUAUCAAGGCUUAAAACUUCUUCUUUAACCUGACUCCUCCCCUUAAUCUAUGCUGAUUUGAAGUGGAUUCAACAAGCGACAUCAAUAAUGGAUCGUAGUUCCUUAAUUUCUGCUCUGACAUGCACUGUCAACUGUGGGACCAUGUAUAGACAGCCAAAUCAUGUCCAAACAACUGAAUUGGCCGCAGAUGGACUCCAAGUUGUAGUGACAUCUCGAGGAUGAUCAAGGGAAAUUGGAUGCACCUGAGCUCAAUUUGGAGUGUCAGUGUGAAUACUUAUGUAAAUGAGAUUUCCGUAUUUGAUUUUCAAUAAAUAUGCAAUAUUUUCUAAAAACAUGUUUUCACUUUGUCAUUACGGGUUAUUGUGUAGAUAGAUGGGUGAAUUCCGGCUGUAACCCAGCAUGUGGAAUAAGUCAAGGGGUCUGAAUACUUCAAGGCACUGUAUAGAUUCAACUUCCAGAGAUUUAGCUUUCCAUGUUACGACCAACUUGCAGAUAUUUCUAUAUUGUCAAUAUGUUGUUAACAAAAGGAAAUGUUGGGGAGACUAAUGCAUGGUCCUGUAUUGUUGAAAACAACUGUUCAGGUUAACAUUCUGGCAUCAACAAUUACAUUUUUUGGGGGGUGCAAAUAUCUAAAAGUAUCUGUUAAGGAUUUAAAUGAGUCCUGUCCAGAUGCAUGAAGCUCAACCAGUGUUGCAUAUGAAGCUGUUAAGCAUGCUGUCCCCUUGGCAUUUUUACAGUCUGUGUUGUAGGAGUCAGACCAGCUUCACAUUCUAACCAGUCUGUGUUGUAGGGGUCAGACCAGCUUCACAUUCUAACCAGUCUGUGUUGUAGGGGUCAGACCAGCUUCACAUUCUAACCAGUCUGUGUUGUAGGGGUCAGACCAGCUUCACAUUCUAACCAGUCUGUGUUGUAGGGGUCAGACCAGCUUCACAUUCUAACCAGUCUGUGUUGUAGGGGUCAGACCAGCUUCACAUUCUAACCAGUCUGUGUUGUUGGGGUCAGACCAGCUUCACAUUCUAACCAGUCUGUGUUGUAGGGGUCAGACCAGCUUCACAUUCUAACCAGUCUGUGUUGUUGGGGUCAGACCAGCUUCACAUUCUAACCAGUCUGUGUUGUAGGGGUCAGACCAGCUUCACAUUCUAACCAGUCUGUGUUGUAGGGGUCAGACCAGCUUCACAUUCUAACCAGUCUGUGUUGUAGGGGUCAGACCAGCUUCACAUUCUAACCAGUCUGUGUUGUAGGGGUCAGACCAGCUUCACAUUCUAACCAGUCUGUGUUGUAGGGGUCAGACCAGCUUCACAUUCUAACCAGUCUGUGUUGUAGGGGUCGGACCAGCUUCACAUUCUAACCAGUCUGUGUUGUAGGGGUCAGACCAGCUUCACAUUCUAACCAGUCUGUGUUGUAGGGGUCGGACCAGCUUCACAUUCUAACCAGUCUGUGUUGUUGGGGUCGGACCAGCUUCACAUUCUAACCAGUCUGUGUUGUUGGGGUCGGACCAGCUUCACAUUCUAACCAGUCUGUGUUGUUGGGGUCGGACCAGCUUCACAUUCUAACCAGUCUGUGUUGUUGGGGUCGGACCAGCUUCACAUUCUAACCAGUCUGUGUUGUAGGGGUCGGACCAGCUUCACAUUCUAACCAGUCAGGACCUGAAACUGAUUCAAUUCAUCAAUGAAAAAAUGUCAUGAUGUGUUGUAUGGAUGGGUCACAUGUUGGUACAGUCAUGAUGGGUCACAUGUUGGUACAGUCAUGAUGUAUGUAUGGGUCACAUGUUGGUACAGUCAUGAUGUGUUGUAUGAAUGGGUCACAUGUUGGUACAGUCAUGAUGUUUUGUAUGAAUGGGUCACAUGUUGGUACAGUCAUGAUGUGUUGUAUGAAUGGGUCACAUGUUGGUACAGUCAUGAUGUGUUGUAUGAAUGGGUCACAUGUUGGUACAGUCAUGAUGUGUUGUAUGAAUGGGUCACAUGUUGGUACAGUCAUGAUGUUUUGUAUGAAUGGGUCACAUGUUGGUACAGUCAUGAUGUGUUGUAUGGGUCACAUGUUGGUACAGUCAUGAUGUGUUGUAUGAAUGGGUCACAUGUUGGUACAGUCAUGAUGUGUUGUAUGAAUGGGUCACAUGUUGGUACAGUCAUGAUGUGUUGUAUGAAUGGGUCACAUGUUGGUACAGUCAUGAUGUUUUGUAUGAAUGGGUCACAUGUUGGUACAGUCAUGAUGUGUUGUAUGGGUCACAUGUUGGUACAGUCAUGAUGUGUUGUAUGAAUGGGUCACAUGUUGGUACAGUCAUGAUGUGUUGCGAUGUUGAAAAAAGUGUCUGCAAAAAUGCCUGCAUUAACCCAUUAAAAAUGUUUUACAGCAGUUGGUACUUUA